AUGGUGAUACAACUUAAUGGUCGAGCGGACCCUUUUUAACCUACCAACGGGAAUCUUUUCUCUGAUUCAUUUUUUCUCUCUCCCACUAGAUCUUUGCCCAAAAACCCUGGCAGCUCGUCGUCUCUUCUCUCCCUAAACCUCUAUCCACGGGAGACGGGAAAAACAUUUUUCCCCUGGUCUCCGACGGGUUAGGGUACAAAGUCUCUUUCUCCCGCUCUUCCGCUCUUCCGCUCUUCAUCUCUUCUGCCGAUGCCUCUAUUUCUCUGACGGAUUGAGAUAACAGAUGGAGUAUUAGCUUCAGGUGAGGAAUUUGGCACAUUUGUAAGUGAAGAUGUUUGCGGUUGUGGCAUCUUUCACCAUCAUCAUCCAUCUGCUAAGGCAGGACAGAUAUUAAGUUUGUAGACUCAGUUAUUUUUAUUGAUUGAACGAUGCAAACAAGAAAAAAAGUUCUUGCAAGAAAUGCUUCCAGAGAUCAUGCUAAUACUAGAUCUUGUAGACAACCAAAAAAGGUGACCGUGAUUGGUGACAAGAAAGUUACAGAGCUUAUAACAUCAUCUACAAAAAAACAAAAAUCUGAUGAAAUUCUGUCAAGGAAAAAUAGAUAUGCACAGGUGGGAAGGAAGUUGCGUUCUGUCUGUGAUGUCGCACAAGAUGAGAAUCAGGGCAUCCCAGUUGCAGAUGCAAUUUCCCUUUGCCAUAAGCAGCAAUCUGAAGAUAAUGCUGCAGAACAUGCGGUGGAUACCAUAUUUUCCCCUUCCUUCCAUCAUCAUAAAGACAUUUGUGGUGGCAUAACUGAUAAAGCUGAUGUUAUGGACUUGUUCAAGAGCAAGGAUGAAGCAAACCAUCAUGAUGUUGAGGUUGAAGAAUCAAAGGCUGACACCUAUUGUGGUCCACUAGAAAAUCAGCAGAAACAUAUCGAGAAGAGAACAGAAGUUAUGUCAGCAUGUGCAUAUGAUGAUAAAGCUGAUUUGACAAAUCAUUUGCAUACUCUUCAUAUGGAAUCAAAUCAUGCAAGCUCAUCAUGCGAUGAUGAAUAUAAUGUUCUGGGGAACCUCUCUUCCGAAGUUUCAGCCAUAUAUCUUGCAAUGCAGAACUCUAAGUUGGAGUGUAUUGAUGAACAAAGUCAUAAUUCAAUGUCAACAGAAGGUUGUGUGGAGCCUGAUGAGGGUGAUGAGUUUGAUGAUUUUGAUCCAUACUUAUUCAUCAAGGAUCUGCCUGAUUUGUCAGCUGUAGUUCCAAGAUUUCGGCCCAUGCUCUUGCCAAAGCAAACAAGGAGUUGCCCUUCAAUUACCCUUGUACUGGAUUUGGAUGAGACUUUAGUGCAUUCCAGCCUUGAACCAUGUGAAGAUGCAGAUUUUACAUUUCCAGUUAAUUUCAAUUUUAAAGAACAUACAAUUUAUGUACGGUGUCGUCCUCAUCUUAAGGACUUCUUGGAGAGGGUUGCUAGCCUAUUUGAGACGAUUAUAUUCACAGCCAGUCAGAGUAUAUAUGCUGAACAGCUCCUCAAUGUACUUGAUCCAAAAAGGAAGUUAUUCCGCCACCGUGUUUAUCGCGAGUCUUGUGUUUUUGUGGAGGGUAAUUAUUUGAAGGAUCUGUCAGUUCUUGGCCGUGAUUUGGCACAUGUCAUCAUCAUCGACAAUUCACCUCAGGCAUUUGGAUUUCAAAUUGACAAUGGUAUUCCUAUUGAAAGCUGGUUUGAUGACCGUAAUGAUCGAGAACUGCUUUCGUUACUCCCCUUCUUGGAGAGUUUGGUUGGGGUUGAAGAUGUCCGUCCACUGAUAGCCAAGAAGUUCAAUCUUCGUGAAAAGGUAGCAUCUGCAGCUUGUCUGUCUUUUGACUUCAGAAGGUGAGGGAUCACAUUCUUCAAUAGAAAGUAUGUAGGGGAUCGAGUACCUCAAACAUUAGUGUCUAGGUGGCUAAAAGGCCUUCUGAUACCUAUCGGAAUUUGUCUUUUCCCCUUUAGCCUGUUAUUUUACCUCUCCCUGUACCAUUUCUUCUGUUGUAAUUUGUGUUGUGCGGAAGGGGGAUGCUUUGUAAACAACAAACUAAAUUUAUCCAAUAGGAAAAUGCUGUCAAAUUUUGCAUUUGGUGAUUAAUAAACUCCAAUUACUUUGGAAAA